CCGCCCCGGGCGGCCAUCUUGGGGGCCCUGGAGGCGGCGCCGCGGAGGAGGGAGCGGAAGUGCUCGGCUGCAGCGUCCCGGAGCCCCUGUCCCCCGUCCUGCUUCCCGCGGCCCUGACGGAGACCGCGGCCCGGCCGCAGCGGAGCUGCGAGCUGCAGAAUGUCCGAAGGGGACAGCGUCGGCGACUCAGUACACGGGAAGCCUUCUGUGGUGUACAGGUUUUUCACAAGACUUGGACAGAUUUACCAGUCCUGGCUAGACAAGUCCACACCUUACACAGCCGUGCGAUGGGUUGUGACGCUGGGGCUGAGUUUCGUCUACAUGAUCCGCGUAUACUUGCUGCAGGGCUGGUACAUCGUGACCUACGCCUUGGGGAUCUACCACCUGAAUCUGUUCAUCGCUUUCCUUUCUCCGAAAGUGGAUCCUUCCCUGAUGGAAGAUUCAGAUGAUGGCCCCUCGCUACCAACCAGGCAGAACGAGGAAUUCCGCCCCUUCAUCCGAAGGCUUCCAGAAUUUAAAUUUUGGCACGCGGCCACCAAGGGCAUCCUGGUGGCCAUGGUCUGCACGUUCUUCGAGGCUUUCAACGUCCCAGUGUUCUGGCCGAUCCUGGUGAUGUACUUCAUCAUGCUUUUCUGUAUCACGAUGAAAAGGCAAAUUAAGCACAUGAUAAAAUACCGGUAUAUCCCCUUCACACAUGGAAAGAGGAAAUACAAAGGCAAGGAGGACGUGGGGAAGACGUUUGCUAGCUAGAAGCUGGACUGAACCAAUCAGACGUGUUGGAGAACGGUUUUGAGCCAUUGUAACAACGCCUUUCUUCUUCAUAAAGUAGUUGAUUACCAGGGAGUCGAAUUUUCUUUUUAAAAAGGAGCUUCAAUUAUUUGUAACUAAAAUAUCAGGUUCUUGAAGAAACUGGCAUUUAAACCAAAUUGCAUUUUUAUUUUUCAGUGAUGUUCAAAUGUUUGAAACUGGUGGAAUCCUAGUAAACCAGAGGCAGGAGAGGGCAGGUGGGGGCUGCCUGGAGAGGGCAGGUGGCUGGCUCUCUGGGGAGGACAGGACGAGCCGGACACAGAGCUGGGCUCCGUCCCCGACAAUACCCGGUGUCUGCUUCGCGAAUCAGGAGGGACAGCGCUGACCUGAUUCUGCCUGUGAAAACCUGACGUGUGAAAGCUAAGGGACUGCCUGUGGGUUCUGAUGCCAGUUUCCGAGUCUCAUCUCACUGGAGAUGUUCAAGGUUGGUCUCUAUCAUAACGACUCAAAACUUUGUUAUUAGCUACUACCGUGAUUCCUUCUGAGAGCCUGGAAUUAUAAAUAUAUAUUAUAUUUUAAUUGUUUGAGAUUAUUUUGACACAUUUGAUACAUAAAUAGUUUUGUUUUUGAUUAAUUUAAAAUUGUUUUCACACAUCCCCUCUAAGGAAACAAAACCAAUUUUGUGGGUUUUAACACACAGCUCUUCAUUUUCUAUGGGGGGAAAUAGAACUCUGACCUGCAUGCCAACUUUUUUGAUGUGAUAAAAAAAAAUACUCUAAACACUUCAUGAAGUGACUUUUUAAUUCCAACUUUAUUAAAGGCAGUGCCCCCUUUCUCCUGUUAA